AUGGGACCUCCCUUCAAUUGUUUUUCAUAGUCUGACCUCUCUUAUCCAUUCCUUCCCUUUCCAGUAACUGCUUAGAUUUGGAAGGUGAAAUGGCAAGUCAAGCUGCGGCCAGCCUUUAAAUAAGAGAACUAAGUGCACUGAUAGACAAUGAAAAUCUUCAAUUCUUCAACUUAUUUGAUGGGUGCUACAAUACUAGAAUAAAGGGCCGGGGGGGACUGGGCACAGGAGGAUAGCUUUCAUUAGUGUCUAUAGAGAUGGACCGUGUGUAUACAGAGGAUUAAAGAGGGAAUACAAGACAUCUGCGGAGGAGAACACACACAAAUACACAAAUAAGACAAAGAAUGUGUUUCAUUUCCAUCCUUUCCUACCUGUCUAGUUUUUUAAAUCUAUUUUUCUUUUGGCUACAGUAAUUUUUCUCUCUUCUUCUAUGUGUACUAAUUUAGACUGUUCACUUGAUGGUAUGUGGCUAUUAAAAAGAUGAAGAAAACUGCUGGGAGAUGAGGAUACUGGGUGGUGCAGCAAAUCUAAAGACCAAAAAAACACAGAAAGACUUUCACUUAAGUUGAAGAAGAUUGUAGAGAAAGAUGACCCUGUUCCAUUUUCCACCCAAAUUCACUACCCUUUUCUAUAUGGGAUAAAGCCUGCUUAUGUUAGAACAUCAGUGUUCAUCUAACAUAUAUACUGAGAAAAGGGGGAAAGCCUCUGAAAAUUUAUAUCUUCCAACAGGGAAAAAACAUGAAGAAAAAACAUGAUGCCAUUGUUUGUGAACCUAAAGUACUGAAUCCCUCUCCCAAAGUAACAAAUUGUUGCAAAUCACUGUGGGUGAAAUACAGUUUUCAGAAGGCUUACAUGACUAGACUUGUCAGCUCCCAGCCAGUUCCAGCCAUGUCAAGGAACCCAGAUCACAACCCACCUUUUCAGCCCAAGGAGAAUAGCACUGGCCAGAACCAUCACGAGGAAGAAAUAAUCCACAAGCUGGCCAUUCAGUUGAGAAACAUUGGGGACAGCAUCGAUCAGAGGAUGGUUCGAGAGGAUUUUCAACAGGAAGGCAGAGCUCUCCUGGCUCAGUUUGUCUUAGUUUUUGCUGAAGGCGUGCACGUGUUACUGCGCUUUCUCUGGAAUAACCAUUUGAUGUGAAAGGAAUGUAAAUGUCGUUCUAUCCUCCAAGGAAACAGGAAUCUCACUGGAGCAGGUGGGAGGAAGCCCCUCACCUGCCUCUUCACCGUUGUUGCUUUGUGCCCACUUUGUUGGAGAACUGUGGACCCACUGGCCAUUCGUC